CAGAGGAUGGAUAUGUUCAACUGCAAUUGUUAACGCUGGGCUUGCGGGUUGUUUGCCAUGGCGGCCUUUUCGCAUUCUUUGAGGGAUGGCCGAGACUCGGUGCUAUCUAAUGGCUCGUCCAUGAUUCCUCACGACGCGGAAAUCAUCGAAAUAGAUGACGAUAGCGAUGGAGAGGUCCAGGAUAAAGAGGUGCCUAUGAACGAAGAUGAUGAAGAGAUAAGCGAAGGGGACGAAGACGACGAGGAGGACGAAAUGGAGGAAGAGGAAGAUUAUGACGAGGAUGAGGACCACGAAAUGAGGUUCGAAAAUGGCGAAGAGGAUGAAGCUGAGGAGGAAGAAAGUGUCAGAGAUUACCACGAAAACGGAGAAGAAGCUGAAGAGCUUCCUAGUGAGUAUGGCGGGACCAAUGGGACUCACUCGAUUGAAGAGCCGUAUCCCAACUGGAAAGCCAGGAUAGAAGGCCAUACACCGCGAUCUCCGGCAUUUACUCCCUCGAAUUUACUCAGCUCCGACAUUAAGCAGACUCUACACCCACUGCAAGAUAUGGCCGAGCGCGUCCUCAAGCAAAUCGAAUCAUUUGCGCAUAACCUAGAUCAGUUUCGACGACAGUCUCCUACCCCCCAUGACCCUAGAGCAUUUCGCGAAGCGUGCAAAUUGGUCAAAACCUACCAAUCUAUAGCUGAAAACAAUGCCCGCGACCUCUCGAAAGCCGACCGAUCUCAAAAACCAAAGAGAUCGACCCAAGAAGAAAAGGAAAGCGAGAAUGUAGCGGACGAGGUCGAGGAACAGAUAGCGCGCUGGCAGCGUGAGGCGGAGACUUGGGAUUUACUAUCCCAGCUCCUUUUGAUCGCCGAUCCCGAGACACGAGAGCGGGCAGAACAAUGCCAAGAAACCGCUUUACAGUCUCUCCAUAGGUACUCUUCCGACCAAGAAGUCUGGGAAAAAUUCCUUGAAACCGAUCUUUUUGCCCGUGAGUGUGUUAUCGUCCUGCAAUGGCUUGAGAAGACCGCAAGGUCGGCGAAGGGACGAGAUUCUGUUGUCUCCGAAUUGGACAAGGACACCGACCGUGACCAAGGGUUAUGGGCUCAUGGUUGGCUCUACACAAAAGAAACCAUUAAAGGGGCAAAACGUUUACGAUCUUGGCCCCAGCCGUUGGAUCCAGAGGACUCUCGCGUGACGUCGUCACUGCUAGGAUCAGAGCGGCAAGCACCUUUAAUCACGCAACUGGACCCUGAUGCAAUUAUUCGGCAGGGAUUGGGGCUACAGAAACAGGAUCAGGUUCAUGAACAAGCAGCGUGGCUGACCUGUUGGAAGAUGCUAAGGUCAGGCCGGAGUUGGAGUGAAAUUCGGGCUUGGUCUCAAGAACGCCUUGAAAGCUGGAGAGCCAUUAGCGUUUUUGGCGCUAGCUUGCACCCAAAUUCAAAGUCUACUAGCCUCCCUGAUACUGGCCUUUCCCGAAUGAUGAGCUGCCGGUCUCAGCAAUCUUGGAAGUCUGCGUGUUCCGUUCUGGCUAGUGAUCCCCAUGUCGAUAGAUAUGAAAGGGCCGUCUAUGCGUUACUUUGUGGUGAAACCAAGCCAGCGUACGCGGUAUGCCAGAGUUGGGAUGAUUUUCUUUACGUCUUCUACAACCAUAUGGUACUUAGCCGAUACAGCGACUUUUGCAAGCAGUUUCUUCGGAAACUCGGUCUUCCCUCCAACACGAAGGUCCUUGUUAAUAUCGAACCUGCCAAUCACGAUGGCAUCCGUUAUUUUCUAUCCAACAUUAGAAAAGAUGAGCGGUUUGCAGAGGAGUCAAAAAACUUCUACCGCCAGAUUCAGGCAGCAAUUUUAAGCCAGAAUUACGAUUACUUUUUUUAUAACCACGCAAUCGCGAAAUCGAAGUACGUGGAGCAUAUCAACGGGCCGAGUUUAUUACCAUUGCGACCACCCCCUGGCAUGACACAAGACCCUCUGUUAACUGCCCCUGACGAUGAAUCUUCGCUGCGCAUUAUUGCUCAUCUAUAUUUACUGUUGAGCUUCGUUGGAAUUUUCCGUGUUGAAUCUCAUCUCCUGGACCAGUAUGGUCUUAAUGUGAUCAAAUAUGUGGAAGUUCUCCGAGAAAAAGAUAAGAUGGACCUGAUACCUCUCUAUGCAUCUCUAUUGCCGGAGACUAUGGGUCAAGCCACCCUCGGGAUAGUCCUGAUCAAUGUACUGGGCGAAGGCGAACGACAAGUUUUGCUACAGAGGAUGAGAGCUUUCGGAAUUAAUGUUUCCGGUGUUUUGAGCUGCCAAUGGCAGUGGGCUCUCGCUGGAACGGAUAUUGAUGUUAAGAAACCUAUCAAGAUCGCGGGAAAAUUUGUAACUGAACAAAAGCCUGGAUCGAUUUCUGCCCUGAACAAGGACAUUAUUGGUCGAGAUGUGCCUCUAAGGCAUGAACGAUUAAUCCGCUGUAUGGAGUGGUACAGUUUUGUUGGCACUGAAUGGCCAACUUUAUGCGUGAACAUCGCCUACCUGUACAAACGAUUCCUCAGGCGUACGCAGCUCGCGACUGCGCGUGAGCUGUGGAAACGCAUACAGUUCUCGCAAAUCCCGGUUCCUCCAGAGUUCAACCUAAUAGCUCUGAAAGUUGAUGCCAAUGCCGAUUCUGACAUCAAUCAAUCGGCCGAUAAUCGACCCGCCAGUCCCGUCAAAGCUGGUCGCUCAAAAAGUCCCCUCAAGUCAGCAGCUUAUCAUCGACAGCACCUUUCUUCGAUGAGCUCAGGCAAGACAGUUGCUGAACAGUUAUGUAUACAUGCACGGACCGUGGAAGACCUGGAAUUACUCAUCAGCACAUUGGAUGCCAUGGAACGCUGGGGUAACCUUAGUGAUGAGUACCUUGAACUCUCCAAUCCGGAGCGAAAAAGAGAAUUCCAGCAAAUGUUGCAGCAGGCCAUCGACGACGUUACAGAGAACGUCAAUCCUCUUUGUCAGGAUUGGCUUUGUCGGCCAUUAAAUGAGGAGGAAGCCGCCGAAUUUGACUUGAUACGGACUGCAUACCUCCCGGAAAUUAUCCUCAUGUAUCACAAUUCUCUUUAUCUCGCUGGAUGCACCAUUGGUCGUGAAAUUCUUGCCCAGUGCAUGAGUCUUUCAAUCGCGAUUGCAGGGUCACAGACUCUAACUGAAUGCUUUGUGUCGGCGGGCCGAAUGCGCGAGCUAGCCCGCGCUUUGGCUAUGUCUAGUAUGGCUAUUAUGACCUUAAAGGACCCUAAAUUAAAGAAGAAACUUCCGCGAAACGCAACGCUUGAUAUUUGGAAGAUUAAGCCUAUCGAGGAAGAUGCUGUUGGUCUUACUCAACACUGGAAAAAGGGCUAGUUAGGCUGUGUCAAGAAAUGGGAUCUGGAAUGUUCUGGGAUUUGUUUUCUUUGUAUAGCAUUUUCUUUUCUAGGCCUUUGCUCUGGUAUACUCUCGCGAACAAUAAUGUUUUUCUGGGAGAUAGACAGCGGAUUCGGCAUGAAGGUGACAGUGGAAAACAACAA